AUCCCGGCGGAGGAGGCAGCGAUGGCGGCCGCAGCGUCCAUGGAGGAUUUGCUGGAAGAAGCCACCUGCUCCAUCUGCCUGGAGUAUUUCCAGGACCCCGUGCUCAUCCCGGAGUGCGGCCACAACUUCUGCCGGGGCUGCCUGACCCGCAGUUGGGGGACGUCGGAAUCGGAGGCUUCCUGUCCCCAGUGCAGACAGACCUUCGAGCCCCGCAACGUCCUGCCCAACAGGCAGCUGGUGCGGCUGGUGGAAAUAGCCAGGCGAUGCGGAGGCCCUUGGGGCGAGGACGGAGGGAGCCUCUGCCAGAAGCACCGGGAGCCCCUCAAGCUCUUUUGUAAGCACCACGAGACCCUCAUCUGCGUGGUCUGCAACCUAUCCCAAGAGCACAGGGGCCACUCGGUGAUCCCGGCGGAGGAGGCUUUCCAGGAGUACCAGGUAGGAAUCCGCCAGGGGGAAUCCCUGCGGAGGGCCAUCCAGAUCCUGGGCCUUCCAGGCAAUCCUUGA